GAGCAGAGGCACUCUACAAGAUUAUUGGUCACUUUAAAUUCUAUAAGAUCAGUCAAAAUAAAAAUUAUCUUGCUACUUCGUUACAGUGGUCAGGCGGCCUAAUAAUAAAUCGGUUCAUACGAAUUUCUAGGGCCGAUCACUUUAAAUAAGUUGAUAAAAACCGGAGUUUGGUUAGACCGUGUUGAGAUUCGAUAAUGUUCGCAGUUUUAGUAUGUUUUGUGAUUUUAAUAAUAUGGUCGUGGAUGCGUAUGCGGAGGCCUUCGAUGCCCCCCGUGUUUCCUGGAGCGCUGCCGCUUAUAGGAAAUUCUCACCAACUUAUAGGAGAUCGUAUACACUUAUGGAAGUUCAUACAGGAGGGGGGUAAAUAUUGUCAGAAACAAGAUGGAGUUGCAACGCUGAUGAUUUCAAACUACCCUUAUUAUUUUGUUACCGACCCAGAUGACUGCUUAGUAGUUUCAAAUGCCUCUUUAAAUAAACCGUACGUCUAUAAGUUUGCUGAGAAAUUUUUGGGCAGCGGAUUAAUCACAUCAGAUGAACCUAUUUGGAAGCCACAUCGGAAACUGCUGAAUCCAACAUUCAACCAGCAAAUAAUGAAUACAUUUUUACAUGAAAUGAAUGUACAAGCUCGAAGUCUUGUCUCUAAAUUAUCGGUUGAAGUGGAUAAAGAGCCGUUUGAUCCGCGAUCGUAUUUCGUGGAUUUCACACUGUCAACUGUUAGUCGUACUUCAUUAGGCUUAAAUGCUGAAGAUCAGACUAUUAUCAGCAACGAAUACGCAGAUAUGGUAGAAGAGAUAUUUGGAAUCUACUGCAAAAGAUUUCAAAAAGUGUGGCUGCAUUUAAAUAGUUUUUACAACUUUAGUCCGAUGAAGUGGAGAGAAGAACAACUUAUUAAAUCGCUACGUAAGAUUUUGGAUAAUGUAAUACGUAAACGGAGAGUCGAACUGAAACAAAUCAAACAUUCAGAAGAAAUAUACGAUUUAUCAUCAGGUAAAUUCACACCAGCGUUGGAUCAUAUGCUCAAUAUGGCGGAUGAACAAAAUGCCUUCACAGACCAGGAAAUCAGGGAACACAUAGACACGCUUAUAGCAGCCGCUUACGAUACAUCGUCUACGACACUUACGUAUGCAAUGAUCCUUCUUGGGUCAAAUCCACAUGUACAAGAAAAAGUUUUAAAAGAAAUAGAAGAAGUGCUUCAAGAUAAAAAUGCGGAUAUUACCAAGGAUAAUCUUCAAAACCUGGUGUACUUAGAUGCAGUAGUUAAAGAGACAUUAAGGCUGUAUUCUGCAAUCCCUUUCAUUGGAAGAAAAGUUGAAUUUCCUGUAAAGUUGAAAAAAUACACAUUGGAACCAGGCACGACAUGCAUACUAUUGUUGCAAAGUAUUCAUCUUGACCCGAAGCUGUGGGGUCCAGAUGUCAAUGAAUUCAAGCCGGAGCGAUGGUUGGACCCCGACACACUGCCCAAAAAUCCAAACGCAUAUGUUCCCUUUGGGAUAGGCAGGCGUUAUUGUAUUGGGAGAUUGUACACAACGUACGUAAUGAAAACUGCUCUUGCGCAUAUGUUGCGGCGAUUCGUUAUUUCUGGGGACAUCACAAAAGUUGUUACUCAAUAUGAUGUGGUAUUGAAGCCAGUUAUAGGUCACCAUAUUAGUUUAAAGUUAAGAACAUAAAGUAUUUGUCUUAUCUCAAAAUUUAUUUAUGGUUACGCUACUGGUUAAAUUAUUCGAUAACGUAUAGAUAAUAUUGUUUAUUAAGUGAUUAUUAAGAAUUUGUUUAUAUUUAUUGGAAAGCCUAUAUGCUGCAAUUAAAAUAAAGAUAUCUAUCGAGAAUAGAUAAUAAUUACCUA